CUUUCUUUCUGUACUCCUCUAGACAGAAUGCCGCCUCAGCUGUGCAAGCGGUGGAUGCUCUUCACCACAAUAGCUGCUUGUACUCUUUUCAUCUCGUUAAGUAUCAUCAGUAACCCCACCCUUCCCAAACAAGCUGGCCUUGAGAAAGACCUGGUGAAAGGUGGUAGUGUUGUCUAUGACGAUCACAAUAUACCUGCCAAGGAUGAAGAGAAGUUCAUGACUUUCUAUCCACAUUCUGGCCUACACAACCAACGACUCUCACUUAUCAACGCAGCUUUGAUAGCCAAAUCACUUAAUAGAACGCUCAUCAUACCCGAAGCCAAUAUCGCCACAGCAACCUUUUGGAAGGACAGUUCCGAUUUACCGCAUAAGCUAGAUGCCUGUCCAGAACUAGUCACAGCCCAUCGUAAAAUGGAGAAGGAACUCGGCCAACGCGUCCACUUGCCAUCUGAAUGUUUUGACUACCGCAAAUAUAUUCCUAUUAGCUUCGAUGAUGCGUUUGAUCUCAGCCCGCUAACGAAUAUUGGGGUUCGUUAUUCAAUGAGAAACAACAUGCACCAUUCCUAUUUCCAAGGAACCCCCCUCAACAUCCCGUAUGACGAAACAAAUCGAACCCUGGUGUAUGAGAUCCCAGAUUAUCAAAGAUAUUCCUAUCGCAUAUACUAUUCCGAGCACGACAAUCAGCCGUUGCAGAACUUUGAACGACGACUUGACCUCAUCGAGCUUCAGCGCCGAUCGGAAAAGUUGAUAAUAUUCAACUCUCUGUUUGGAUCCAACCGGCUUGCAUUGGAUUCAGAAAAUACUGAGACAAAGAAGUACUUGCAACAGUCCAUUAAGAUAACACACCCGGUGGUGGACUCACGAGCUGACAAAGUGAUAGCGCAGUUGGGUGGAGAGCGCCGGUACAUUAGCGCACACAUUCGAUCCGGCGAUGGCAUGUUCAAGGAACACAUUGUAGACACCAUUGACCAGAUCGUCAGCAAGUUGAGUGAUGCAGUUGAUAUGGAGAACGACACAACCGACAGUGUCACCUGGCAAGAACUUCGAAAACUUCAACUUGCUAGAUCGACUUCGUCUAUUGCCACUUUGCUUGAGCGAUGCGUCCAAUUACAGCUUCAACGUGGAAAAGUCACUACGCUGUUUAUGGCAACUGACUCACAUCACCCUCGUGAAGAUCCCAAUAUGCGGGCCUUGUUUGAUCAAUUUGUCUGUGCUUUCACUCUCUCUGACUUUCCGGAUAUCAUCCCCUCCAUCAACGUCAAGUCGCCACGCGAUAACCGCACCGACAUCAGUUCAUUACUGAUUCCAUUGGUUGACGCUUCCAUUGCCAGUGCUGGUAACGACUUUGUUGGAACUCCCAAAAGUACGUUCUCAGGUUAUGUCAAGAACCGCCAAUUAGCCAUGACACGUUUCUUAUCGGAUGGUGUUUAAAAUUGUGUACUAUAACCAUGAUAUCCUCCUCUCUCAGUCCUUCUUUGUAAAAUUGAUACAAAAUGGCUUUUUACUUGCCUCUUAACACCAUCUGCAUUAAAAAAAAAUAUUACAUGCUUUGACAAUGUCAUUCAAGGCAUGCAGCAUGAUAUCCUUUUUGAAACUAAUCAAA